GUUCACCUGCCAAUCAGUAUGCCAACUCGUGCGGUGUCCAACGAUACCAAAGUAAUCGGACGUGAACCGCAAGAUCGCUAUGCCGAAAUUCGCAACGAAUGCUACGAGGAGCUUGUGCAGGUGGCCAAACAGCUCACCUCAGAACAGGGUAUUUCAAAUUACGCCACCGUCUUCCCGAAUGAGAUGUUGCUUGAAAUGGCCGCGAAUUUGCCGACAACACGAGAAGAGCUACUCGCCGUUCCGCAGUGCACGGAAUACAAACUGACACGGUUCAAUGCGGAAUCGCGAUUUCUCGAGAUCACAUUGAACUAUUUGUCCAUUUUGGGCGCUCUCAAAGAGGAGGAACGUGAUCAGCAAAUGGUUGUCACAGCAUCCUCAUCUGAAUUGCUCUCUUCCACCGCUAUCCCUAUUGGAAAAUCCCGCGGGUCCAGCACGAUCAGGGGAAGGUCCCGGCGGGGUCUAAGGCGAGCGGCACUAAACGAGGCAAGACUGCUUCAAUUUUCGGUCGAUACCAACCGAAGUCGUCCACCGCAACCAGUCGUGCCAAAACGAGUCAAAGUUCUUCCCAGUCCACUAGUGGAGGUUGGAAGCGGUGAGUUGGCUGAGGCCAUUUCCCAGUGGAAAAUACAGUAG